CCCAAAAGGAUGACACUGUUGUAAUGUAGAGUGAGAGAGACACACACAUCAUCGUCGUUUCUGAUCCCCCGCCCCUCUCCGUUCAAUCUCUAUACUCAACACACACAUUUCUCAUUUCUCCUUCUAAAACGCACCCUUUUAUAACUCCAUCCACAUUACAUUCCUCACUUCUCAGAUCACCAUUCUCGCUGAGAAGGAACAAACAAAAACAAACCCUAGAAUUUCUCUCUUUUUCUUUUAUUUAUUUGAUUUAUUUCCGAUCUUGUCCCUUCACUGGAGCUGUCGAAACGCGGUCGUUUCGGGGCCAUCGCUGCGGAGUUUGUGAUUGGAAAUGGUGGGAGGAGGGAGUAGGAGGGAGGAGGCGCCGGUCAUAAACAGCUCCAACGUGUUCGCAGCGCUCGGAAGCCUCAAGAAGAAGAAGAAGAAGCCUGAGAAGGAACAGGGUUCAUCCAAGGGGAGAGCCUCCUCGUCCUCUUCCACCGCCGCUUCCUCCGCCGCAAAACAGCAGGAGAAAAAGGAGGUUUUCUGGGCCCCGGCGCCACUCACGUCGAAGUCAUGGGCUGACGUUGACGACGAGGAUGAUGACGACUACUACGCCACCACCGCUCCACCUCAAUCCGUUUGGGGCGCCCCUGUUGCUGCUGCUGCUGAAUCCGAGCCCCCUGCUGAGGAAAGCGAUAGUGAGAUAGAAGGCCUUGAUGAUGCUGAAGAUGAUGCUGAGGAUGAACAUGAAAAUGAUUUAGAAGUGCCAGUAGAACCUGAACCUGUUGUUAAGAAGUCUCGUGAACCCUCAUUGUCUACCAAGGAAACUGAAAAGCAACUUUCGAAGAAGGAAUUGAAGAAAAAAGAGCUUGAGGAGCUUGAAGCUGUUUUAGCAGAGCUAGGAUUGCAAAAAGAACCCGGAAGCCAGGCUGACUCCCAUGGUGUUGAGAAGGUAGAGGAUCGCAAUGGUGAGUUAGAAAAGAAGGAGAAUGCCACCGGUGAAAGCAAAAAUGCAAAGAAGAAGAAGAAGAAGGACAAAUCUUCAAAGGAGCAGAAAGAAUCGCAAGACCAGCCUGAUUCUGUGGCUGAUGGAAAGACAACUACUGAAAUUGCUGGAACGGGGAAGGCAGAGGAUGCACCUGUAACCGACGUGAAAGAGCGACUUAAGAAAGUUGCUUCUGUGAAGAAGAAAAAAUCAAAUAAGGAGAUGGAUGCUGGUGCAAGGGCUGCUGCUAGUGAGGCUGCUGCUAGGAGUGCAAGGCUUGCCGCGGCAAAGAAAAAAGAUAAGGCGACUCACUACAAUCAGCAGCCUGUGCGGUAAACAGGCUGGCAAGUGGCAAAGUACUUGUAUCUUCUCUUUGUUUAUCCUUUUGUUUUGCCCUUUAUAUUUUCAAUCUUUCUUUUAUCAUAUAUGGGCAUAUGCUCUUUGUUCAUUUGCAAAUGCAAAAUAAACAUCGAUAGCGGCUUUAGAUAAAUUGACUAUGAGCAAAUUUAUAAUUUUACGCGAGGGAAAAUAGGAGUAUAUGAAUCUUUCUUUCAUUCUGGUACUGUGUACUUAUCAAAGUUUUGAAGCAAGAAUGUAUAAUCCAUUUUUCUGCCCCA